ACAAUAAUAUCCAGCAAUAAAUCGUCGCAAAAUACAGCAAACAAAGCUCUGUGUUUAUUAAACUACAUCAUGUGCAAUACUUGCUGCUAUUAGUGUUUUAUACAAAAAGCAAUCGUCAGCAAUCCAGCAAUCGGACUCUGGACCAAAUCCUAUCGGCUGUAAGUCGCGUAAAAGCGAAAGUGUUGCGAUGACCAACACGGCACCAUUGGUAAUGCGCUUAGUCGGGAGCUCGAUCAAGAUUGCACAUCGGGCCGGUAAUAUUAUCCGAGAUGUGAUGUGUCGUGGUGAUCUUGGCAUAGUCGAAAAAGGAAAAGAUGAUCUUCAAACGGAAGCUGACCGAUCGGCACAGCGCUGUAUUGUAGCGUCGCUGUCUAAGCUGUUUCCAAACGUUACCAUCAUAGGUGAAGAAGGAGCGAGUGACCUAAAUGUGCCCGAUGAUUGGCUUAUAACAGAAAGCAAUACUGAAUUUUUGGAAAAACACAAAUGUCCAGAUACUUUGACUGACCUGAAGGAGUCGGAUGUGGUGAUUUGGGUGGACCCGCUGGAUGGCACAAGCGAGUAUACCCAAGGAUUUCUAGAACGUGUUACCGUACUGAUUGGUAUCGCGAUCAACGACAGAGCGGUCGGCGGUGUAAUACACCAACCUUAUUAUACAGCCGAAACAGGAGAUGUCGGUCGCACAAUUUGGGGUUUGAAAGGAUGCGGCACGGGCGGCAUCCUACCGGUGAAGCCUCCAUCGGAUCGUUUUUUGGUGACAACUACUCGUUCACAUUCCAAUGGUAUCGUCCAGUCCGCCUUGGAUGCACUAGCACCUGAUGAAAUUUUGCGCGUUGGCGGUGCCGGUUACAAGGUACUGCAACUGCUCGAAGGCAAGGCCCAUGCGUACGUAUUCGCAAGUGCGGGCUGUAAGAAAUGGGACACUUGUGCACCAGAAGCUGUGCUGGAAGCGAACGGCGGAACACUUACCGAUAUGCUGGGGCGACAUUACCGAUACGGCAAGGAUGUAAAUUUCCCUAACAGUAGUGGGGUUUUGGGAACCGUUGGCGAAGUGUCACAUGAAGACAUUCUUUCUAAAAUUCCGGAUAGCGUAAAACAGGCUAUGAACCAGAUUUAAACUUGUUCCCUGGUUGAAGAUGAUGUGCAUAGAGAUUUAUUUGUAAACAAAGCAUACAAAACUUCAAACCAUACCGAUUAAAUCAAAUUUUAUGCACUUUUUAGUAUCAAUGAUUAG